AAAUAGGACGCCCUCUCACCUAAACUUCUUACACUCCAUCAUUCUUUCUUGUUGAUUGUGGAUAUGAAUUUUGAGGGUGAAAAGAUGUUGCCAAUAGUUGCAGGCGAUGAGCUGCUGGAAGCUCAAGCUCACAUAUGGAACCACCUGUUCAGCUUCGUCAACUCCAUGACUCUCAAAUGUGCGGUUGAACUAGGCAUACCAGACGCCAUCCACCACCAUGGCCCUCACCCUAUGCCCCUGUCUCAUCUUGUUUCAGCCCUCCAACUCCAUUCUAAUAAGACCCAAUUCAUAUAUCGCUUAAUGCGUCUAUUGACUCACUCUGGCUUCUUUGUUGCACAAAAAGUGCCCAAAAAUAGUGGCAAAGAAGAAGAAGAAGAAGAAGAAGAAGAAGAAGAAGAAGAAGGGUACGUCCUAACCAAUUCAUCUCGUCUUCUUCUUAAACACAACCCUUGUGGGGUAACACCUUUAUUACUUUCCAUGCUCCAUCCAACCUUCAUGGAGCCAUGGCAGCUCCUCUCUGACUGGUUCAAAAGUGAAGACCGAACGCCAUUCGAUAUGGCUCAUGCAAUGUCAUUUUGGGAGUUCAUGGGCAGUAAGCCGAAACAUGGUGACAUCUUUAACUCAGCCAUGGCGAGUGAUGCAAGGUUGGUGAUGAGUGUGUUAUUGGACAAACAUAAAGGGUUUUUUGAAGGAGUUCGCUCGCUGGUUGACGUGGGUGGCAACACAGGAACUGUGGGCAAAGCCAUUGCAGAGGCUUUCCCACAAAUUGAAUGCACGGUGCUUGAUCUUCCCCAAGUGGUGGGUGAGUUGAAGGGUGAAGGGAACUUAAAAUAUGUUGAAGGAGAUAUGUUUAAAGCUAUCCCUCCUGCCGAUGUUCUUGUGUUGAAGUGGAUAUUACAUGAUUGGAAUGAUGAAGAUUGUGUGAAGAUAUUAAAGAAUUGCAAAGAAGCAAUCACGAGCAAUGGAAAGAAAGGGAAGGUGAUGGUGAUUGAUAUGGUGGUAGGCAACAAGGAGGAGGAUACAUUGAUUCAGGGUCAUUUAUUGUUCGACAUGGCAGUGAUGGUUUUUGUAAAUGGAAAACAGAGAGAUGAGAAGGAGUUGAGUGAAGCAUUCAAGGAAGCUGGAUUCAGUGGCUACAAGAUCUUCCCCAUAUUGGGUUCGAGGUCUCUUAUAGAAAUUUACCCUUGAGACUAUCUUCCAUUUAGUGAUAUUUCAUUUCAUGAUUUAUUACAAAAAUGAUGUCUUAAGGAUAUUAUGUAACGUUGAA